AUCAGUUAAUCAUAUGAUUGACGAAGAUUACAUUUUUUAGUUUAUAUUUUUAGUUUAAAGUGAACGGAAUUUAAAAAAAUAGUGCUUCGUAUUAAAAAAUUUCAUAAUAGUGUACGUGCUAAAUAGGUAUAUUUAACUGUGAAAGGGAAGUAUUCGGGUUCAAAUCCCAUCACGGUCGAUUAGAAUUUUAUUAAUAAAAUGCUUGUUAAAGUAACACAAGCAUUUUUCUUUAUUUUAUUGCUACCAAAAUGGAUUGAAAAUGCACGAAUAUUAGCUAUGCUUCCAACUCCAUCAUGGAGUCAUAAUAUCGUAUACCAUCCUGUACUCCGUGAAUUAUCGUUACGUGGUCAUCAAGUUGUUUCCAUUAUUCCCGAUUUAAUUAACGAUACAACUUUAACGAAUCUAACGGAAAUUGAUGUAAGUUUUUCGUAUGAAAUUUGGCAUCGUUUUAAUAAAUUUACAAAAGAACGUUUAGAAGGAUAUUCACCGAUUCAAUCCAUGUAUGGAAUGAGUCAAGGUUUAUUGGAGCUAUGUGAUCGUGAAUUAGAUCAUCCAGAUGUGAAACGAAUUAUCCAGGAUCCAAAUGAACAUUUUGAUUUGGUGAUUAAUGAAUGGUUACUAUUUCCAAGUACGUUUGCAUUCGGGACACGAUUUAAUUGUCCCAUUGUUGGUAUCUCAUCAUUUGGAUUAAAUGGGCAUGGACAUGAUUCCAUUGGGAAUCCACAUCAUCCUAUUUAUAAUCCAGAUUUUUAUUUGCCAUAUUCACAUGAGCUAACGUUCUGGCAACGGGUGUAUUCAGUGAUUUAUGCAGUUUGGUAUCGAUUUUAUUUUCAUUUUAAACUAUUGCCACAACAUGAUGCUAUAGCGAAAAAACAUUUUGGACAAGAUUUUCCAUACUUAACGGAUGCAUUGAAACGAAUUACCGUGGUGUUUAUUAGUGAAAAUCCUGUAUAUACUGGAGCGAAACCACGAGUGCCAGCUUUAAUUGAUAUAUCGGGAUUACAUUUUAAAGAACCCAAGCCAUUACCCAAGGAAUUACAAGAAUUGCUUGAUAAUGCUAAACAGGGAUUCAUAUACUUUAGUUUAGGCACUAACGUCAAAAGUAAAAAUUUACCCAAAAAGAAAUUCAAUGCAUUAAUAGAAACAUUCAGAGAAUUACCAUAUUUGGUUCUAUGGAAAUUUGAAUUAGAUAAUUUAGAAAAUAAGCCAGAUAAUGUUGUUAUACGAAAAUGGUUUCCACAACAAGAUCUUUUAGGUCAUCCAAAUUUGAAGUUAUAUUUAAUGCAAGGUGGUCUUCAAUCUGCUGAAGAAGCAAUCCAUAAAAAAGUACCAAUGAUUGCUAUACCAUUUUUUGCUGAUCAAGAAAUCAAUGCUGCCCGAUAUAUUUAUCAUGGAAUUGGAGAUCGAUUAGGUUUUGAUGAAUUAGAUGAUAAAAAUAUUAUUAAAGCGAAAAUUUUAAAUAUUAUCAACGAUAAUAGAUAUAAAGAACGUAUCACUGAGUUAUCGGAAUUAAUGUGGGAUACACCAAUAUCUUCACUCGAUCGUGCUGUAUGGUGGAUUGAAUUCGUUCUACGUCAUAAAGGUUUACCAAAAUUACGUAGUGCUACCGCUGACAUGAGUUGGAUACAAUUGUUAUUAAUCGAUGUAAUUUUAUUCUUUUUAAGUUGUGCGAUUGGAGGAAUUCUAAUUUUAUAUUAUAGUUUUAAAUUAGUAUGUAAAUUAUUGUCGAAAAAUCGUAAAGUAUCUUCGAAAAAAGUUAAACGUAAUUAGAUGAAA